AAAAAAAAAAAAAAAUCCCCUCUGUCUCUAUAGUCCAUCCUCUUUGCUUUUUCUGUGCUCUCUCUCUCUCUCUCUCACAAGCACACACACCUAAUGGCUUCUCUGUUCAGAGACCUCUCAUUAGGCCAUUCUAAGAGAGAGUCAACUCCACCGCCGUUGCAACCUCCACCACCCGUAAUGCCUUCUAAACUUACUGCCACCGAUCUCGAGUCUCCAUUCGGCCAACUCGCUUCCCAGCUCACCGAUUCCGACCUUCGAGCCACCGCUUACGAGAUCUUCGUGGCGGUAUCCCGCACCUCCGCUGGCAAGCCUCUCACCUACAUCUCCAAUUCAUCCAACUCUGAUUCUCCGAAUCACCAUCACUCGCCUAACUCUCCCGCCUUACAGCGCUCGCUCACUUCUGCUGCGGCUAGUAAAAUGAAGAAAGCUUUUGGCUUGAAAUCUCCAGGCUCGGGUUCUAAGAAGAGUCCCGGGUCAGGUCCGGGCUCGGGCCAGGCCAAGUCCAGGAAGCCAUUGACUGUUGGAGAGUUGAUGAAAACGCAAAUGCGGGUGCCGGAUACUGUAGAUUCAAGAAUUAGGAGAGCUCUAGUGAGGGUUGCUGCUGGUCAGGCUGGAAGGCGAAUUGAAACAGUUGUUCUUCCGCUAGAGCUAUUACAGCAGCUUAAGUCUUCAGAUUUUACUGAUCAACAAGAAUAUGAAGCAUGGCAAAGGAGAACUAUGAGAGUUCUUGAGGCUGGACUUCUUCUGCAUCCUCGUGUACCGCUUGAUAAGUCUAAUCCUACUUCACAGCGGUUGCGGCAAAUUAUUAAUGGGGCUCUGGAUAGACCUAUAGAAACUGGAAGGAACAAUGAGUCAAUGCAAGUGCUUCGUAGUGCUGUUAUGUCUCUUGCUAGUAGAUCUGAUGGGUCUUUCUCCGAGAUAUCCCACUGGGCUGAUGGAAUUCCAUUGAACCUUCGCCUCUAUGAAAUGCUUUUAGAAGCCUGCUUUGAUGUUAAUGAUGAAUCAUCUAUAGUGGAGGAAGUUGAUGAACUUAUGGAACACAUAAAGAAAACUUGGACUGUCCUUGGAAUAAAUCAAAUUCUCCACAACCUCUGCUUUACAUGGGUUUUAUUUCAUCGGUUUGUUGCAACUGGCCAAGUGGAAACGGACCUGCUUGAUGCUGCUGAUGCUCAGCUGAUUGAAGUUGCAAAGGAUGCAAAGACAACAAAGGAUCCUCAAUACUCCAAGAUUUUGAGUUCUACAUUGAGUUCAAUAUUGGGUUGGGCAGAGAAAAGACUCCUUGCAUAUCAUGACACAUUUGAUAGGGGAAGUAUUGAUGCUAUGCAAAGCAUUCUUUCUCUGGGGGUGUCAGCAGCCAAGAUUUUAGUUGAGGAUAUAUCUAAUGAGUAUCGCAGAAAAAGGAAAGGUGAAGUUGAUGUAGCUCGAAGUAGGAUUGAUACCUACAUUAGGUCAUCACUGCGCACUGUUUUUGCUCAGUUAAUGGAGAAAGCAGACUCAAGCAGGAGAGCAUCAAAAAAUCAGCCCAAUCCGCUUCCUGUUCUUGCAAUCCUUGCCAAGGAUGUUGGUGAUGUGGCAGUUAAUGAGAAGCAAGUAUUUAGUCCAAUACUAAAGAGAUGGCACCCUUUUGCAGCUGGUGUGGCUGUGGCCACACUGCAUGCUUGCUAUGGGAACGAGUUAAAACAAUUCAUAUCUGGCAUAAUGGAAUUAACCCCAGAUGCUGUACAAGUGCUGAGAGCUGCAGAUAAACUGGAGAAAGAUCUUGUGCAAAUCGCUGUAGAAGAUUCAGUAGACAGUGAUGAUGGUGGAAAGGCAAUUAUCCGUGAAAUGCCUCCUUAUGAAGCUGAAAGUGUAAUUGCCAAUCUUGUAAAAGCAUGGAUCAAAGCAAGACUAGAUAGACUGAAGGAAUGGAUUGAUAGAAAUUUGCAACAAGAGGUCUGGAAUCCGCAGGCAAAUCAAGAAGGAUUUGCUCCAUCUGCUGUUGAAGUUCUGCGAAUUAUUGAUGAAACUUUGGAUGCAUAUUUUCAGUUGCCAAUACCAAUGCAUCCAGCUUUGUUACCUGACUUGAUGGUUGGGUUGGAUAGAUGUCUUCAAUAUUAUGCAACCAAGGCAAAAUCUGGCUGUGGGUCACGGAAUACAUACGUACCAACUAUGCCAGCAUUGACCAGAUGCACAACAGAAUCAAAGUUUCAUGGUGUGUGGAAAAAGAAAGAGAAGUCUUCAAAUCCUCAGAAGAAGAAUUCUCAGGUUGCAACAAUGAAUGGGGAUAAUUCUUUUGGGAUACCCCAGUUAUGUGAGCGUAUAAACACUUUGCACCGACUCCGAACAGAGUUGGAUGUUUUGGAGAAGAGAAUAAUAACCCAUCUAAGGAACUCUGAGUCUGCUCGUACCGAAGACUUUUCAAAUGGCUUGACAAAGAAGUUUGAACUCACACCAUCUGCUUGCAUAGAAGGAGUUCAACAGCUUAGUGAGGCACUGGCAUAUAAAAUUGUUUUUCAUGAUCUAAGUCAUGUUUUAUGGGAUGGUCUGUAUGUUGGGGAGUCAUCAUCUUCUAGAAUUGAGCCUUUUCUUCAAGAGCUUGAGCGCAACUUGAUCAUCAUAUCGGAUACCAUGCAUGAAAGAGUUCGAACUCGAGUUGUUACUGAUUUAAUGAGAGCUUCUUUUGAUGGAUUCUUGCUUGUUUUGCUUGCUGGAGGCCCCUCCCGUGCUUUCACUCGUCAAGAUUCUGAAAUAAUAGAGGACGAUUUUAAAUCCCUUAAAGAUCUGUUUUGGUCGAAUGGGGAUGGCUUGCCUGCUGAAUUAAUAGACAAGUUCUCAAUUACAGCCAGAGGUGUUCUUCCCCUUUAUCGAACUGACACAGAUAGCCUCAUCGAGCGAUUCAGACGUGUAACCUUGGAAGCAUAUGGCUCUUCUGCCAGGUCUAGACUUCCACUGCCUCCAACUUCAGGAGAAUGGAAUCCUACUGAGCCAAACACCCUCCUUCGGGUGUUGUGUUACCGGAAUGAUGAAGCAGCAUCCAAGUUCCUCAAGAAAACAUAUAAUUUGCCCAAAAAGCUCUAAACAAAUUUGUGGUGCUGUGAAUAAGCACGGGAACUACGACAUGCAAAACACACCUGUAACUGUAGUUAUAUUUAUAGCAAAGAUGAUCCAGAUGGGAUACUCCAUGUCAUGCUUGGGUGAGCUGGUGGGUGCCUUGGGAACUAUCAGUGAAUUUGUAUAGUACGUUAGCGAUGUCCUGGCCAAGUCCAUUUGCCUUCGAACAAAUCAGAACUAUGAGCGUGACGAAACUAAGAGGUCAGGCCACUUCCCAGAGCUUUAUUGGUGGAGAUCCAAUAUUAUUUAUUCAAUUACAGAGUCCUUCAGAUUCUUCAUUGCUGCUUUGCUUUUACCCCGUUUCUUUUUUUCCCCUUUUUUGUGUCCAUUUCUACUUUCUGAUGUCAUUUGUUCCCUAUUCCUUUUUUCUUUGACAAAUUCCUUUAUAUCGGGGAUGUAUUCCUUAUAUAUAAUAUUAAACAGAGCAGGCCUAGUAUAGUGACAUUUGGGUCUAUUAUAGUGCCGAUAUAUAUAUUUUUUACCUGUAUCAUAAGGCUGGCUUAUGUUGAUUGCAAUUGAUAACAUCUUUUCCUACCUUUUUGAGAUGUCAA